CAGAUGAACCGGAAAAGGAGCUUGUUUUGUUGACAUCAGACGAACACGAAAGAAUAUAAAUGAUAAAACAAUAAAUGAAUUGAAUCAACCAAAGAAUGCUAAGCUUCUUGUAGAUCUAACCCCGGAGUUAGGGAGAUCUUGAGCACACACUGCCUCUUCUGUGACCACCUCAUCUAUCCCGAUGCCUACCCUUUGAGAGCUGCCUGGCACCUACCUCCUGAGGCCACCUGCUUUGCCCUGUUGUCAAACAGAGGGGAAGUGAGAAGCAGCAGCCGACAUGGCAGCCAAGGCAGGGGACAACCCCGACAGCCUCAUGGCACUGACCACAGCCUUCUGCCUGAGGAACCUGAGGAGGACCAUGUGCUACCUGGGAGAGAGGAACAAGCUCUGCCUGCGCUCAGACAUCUUCCUGCCCAGCGAGAUCUGUGACAAGCUGGUCAACACAUACAUGGAGCUGGUCCAUAUGGACAGUAACUUUGAGCCGCAGGACGGCUUCUUCCAGCUGUUCUCGGACCCGCACAGCACCAGGCUCACCCGGGUACAGCUGAGGGAGGACUUUGUGCGUGACAGGGACCUGGAGGCCAUUGGGAAACAGGACUUGAUAGAGCUCCACCUCACCUACUGCAACAACCUAUCAGCUCACAGCCUCAGGACUUUAACUAGAUUCCGCCAGACCCUGGUCUCCCUCAGCCUGUUCGGCUGCAGCCGCAUCUUCUAUCGCAAGGGUGGUGCCCCACUGGCAUGCGACGAGGAAGAGGAGGAAGAUAGGCCGGCCUCCAGACAGGCACUGGACACAGACUUCAGCUUCCAGGGCUUCAACCGGCUGCGGCUGCUCAACCUCGGGGGUCUGCCUGAGGAGGUGGACGCUGAGGCUCUGCUCAAGCCCCUGCCGGCCCUCACCUCCCUAGACCUGUCCGGGGUGCCGCUACCCAAGGCUGCCUUCCUGGCCCACUGGAAGGAGAGGCUGGCCUCGCUAGUGCUCUACAAUGUGGACCUCUCCGAGGAGCUAAUCAACACGGUGGUGGAGCUGGGACACCUCAGGCACCUGGAUAUCUCCAGAGAGCGCACCUCCAAGUGCAAGAUGACCCGUAAGAUCCUGACGGCCAUUGUGCAGGGCCUAGUCAACCUGGUGUCACUGGACAUCUCAGGUCAUAUCAUGCUGGACAACUGCACAGUCCCACACUUCGAGGAGGCCAUGGGACGUCCAAGUAUCGAGCCCUGCAAGAGCAGCAUCUACCCUUUCCAGGAGCUAAAGAGGCCUCUGCAGUUUCUGGGGCUCUACAACACCACCCUUUGUAAUGUGACACACAUCCCUGCUUACAAGGUCACAGGCUCUAAGAAUGAAGACCAGGUCCUGAAUGCCAUCGAGGUCUACACAGAGUUCCGCCCGGAGCUGGCCCACCGAGCCAUCAACCAGCUGUUUGAUAUCGCCAGGAUACAGCACUGCAGCCAGCUACUGCGGGCACUGCAGCUGGUGAUCGCUGCACUGAAGUGCCACAAGUACGACAAGAGCAUCCAGGUGACGGGCAGCGCGGCCCUCUUCUACUUGACCAACACAGAGUACCGCAGUGACCAGAGUGUGCGGUUGCGUCGGCAGGUCAUCCAGGUGGUGCUCAACGGCAUGGAGCAGUACCAGGAGGUCACGGUCCAGAGGAACUGCUGCCUGACGCUGUGUAACUUCAGCAUCCCUGAGGAGCUGGAGUUCCAGUACGGCCGGGUCAACCUGCUGCUGCUGAAGAUCCUGGAGCCAGCCCGGCAGGAUGAGUCCAUCCAGCGCAUCGCCGUGCACCUCUGCAACGCCCUGGUCUGCCAGGUGGACAACCACCACAAGGAGGCUGUGGGCAAGAUGGGCUUUGUCAAGACAAUGUUGAAUCUCAUCCAGAAAAAGCUACAGGACAGGAUGUGUGACCAGGUGAUGGAGUUCUCCUGGAGUGCCCUGUGGAACAUCACUGACGAGACGCCAGACAACUGUCAGAUGUUCCUUAACUGCAAGGGCAUGAGCCUCUUCCUGGACUGCCUGAAGGAGUUUCCAGACAAGCAGGAGCUCCACCGUAACAUGCUGGGGCUGCUGGGUAAUGUGGCAGAAGUGAGGGCUCUGCGACCACAACUCCUCACCCCACAGUUCAUCUCUGUCUUCAGUAACCUGCUGGACAGCAAGGCAGAUGGGAUUGAGGUGUCCUAUAAUGCGUGCGGGGUGCUGUCCCACAUCGUGUUUGAUGGGCCAGAGGCGUGGGCCAUGGAAGAGCCACUGAGGGACACGGUCAUGGACAAGAUGAUGGACGCUAUCCAGAGCUGGGACGUCACCUCCCGCCGGAAUAUCAACUACAGAUCCUUUGAACCCAUCUUGCGCCUGCUGCCCCAGAGCGUCGCCCCAGUCAGUCAGCACUGGGCCACGUGGGCACUCUUCAACCUGGUGUCGGUCUACCCGAGUAAGUACUGCCCUCUGCUGAUAAAAGAAGGAGGGAUUGUUCUCCUGGAGAAGGUGCUGGAGCUCCAGACAUCACAUGAAGAGACCAAGGACAUGGCGCGGAAGGUGAUGGAGCAGUGUGAGAACUUCAAAGAAGGCCCCAUGGAAACGACGAGGUAGACAACGGCCAACAGAGGACAACGGCCAACAGACGACGACGUCAGGGGAGCAGUACCGCUAGACGAACAAAAAAGGCAAAACUUCAUAGGAAUCCUUCACUAUAUUCUCACCUCAAGUGUCAAUUGUGUGCAUCAAUUUACUGUAGAGCAGAGCAACUGUUCUUUGCCUCUCAGCCAGGCUUUUUGGACAGAACCUUGUUAUGCGACACUAUUAGGAAGUUGAGAUGUGGUGCACCGAGUUUGUGUGUGUCUGUGUGUGUUUGCGCGUGUGUGUGUGUGUUAUUUGUGUUGCACAUGAUAAGCAUAAUUUGUA